GACGCCAGUACGCAUGCGCAGUUUGUCUCCUUCACUUUAUCCUGUACUGUAGCAGCACAGGACACACUAAAGCUUUUGCUUUGGUUUCGCAUCAUCAUUUUAUUUCUAUCUCAACAGCAACUAUAUCCUCGAUAUAAUGGCUGUUCCUCCUGCAUACUCAGACCUGGGAAAAGCGGCCAAGGACAUUUUCAGCAAGGGUUAUGGAUUUGGGAUUGUUAAAUUGGACCUCAAGACUAAAUCUCAAAACGGAGUGAUGGAGUUCAACGCAUCUGGAUCCAACAACACGGACACGGGAAAAGCCGGCGGGAGUUUGGAGACCAAGUAUAAGAUGAAGGAUCUGGGAUUGAGUUUGAACCAGAAGUGGAACACAGACAACAUGCUCAGUACAGAAGUGUCUGUGGAAGACCAGCUCAUCCAGGGGUUGAAAGUGGCCCUGGAUACAUCUUUUGUACCAAACACAAGCAAGAGAAGCGGUAAACUGAAGACUGGCUACAAGCGUGACUUGGUCAAUGUGAGCUGUGACAUUGAUUUCGAGGGUCCGGUUGUGCACUCUGCAGCGGUUCUGGGAUACGAAGGCUGGCUUGUGGGCUACCAGAUGGCGUUUGACACGGCCAAAUCCAAACUGGUGCAAAAUAACUUCGCUCUGGGAUACAAGGCAGGAGACUUCCAGCUUCACACCAGCGUUAAUGACGGAGCUGAGUUUGGAGGAUCUGUCUAUCAGAAGGUCAGUGAUCAGCUGGAGACGGCCGUCACUUUGGCCUGGACGUCCGGCAGCAACAACACACGCUUUGGCGUUGCUGCAAAAUACCAGCUGGAUAAAGAUGCCUCGCUGUCUGCCAAAGUGAACAAUGCCAGUCUGAUUGGAGUUGGUUACACUCAGAGUCUUCGACCUGGGGUGAAACUCACUCUCUCAGCCUUGAUCGACGGAAAAAACUUCAACACCGGCGGACACAAAGUAGGACUGGGGUUUGAACUGGAAGCAUAGCUGUCGUAGUGCAAAAGCCACAGAAGAAGAGGGACCCAAUCCUCAUGUUGUCCCUCCUACAUCACACACUAGCACUCGAUGACUAAAAACACUUAGCGGCAUGUUGACAGUUUUUGCAAGUUUGUGGGAGCUGAGUGAUUCAAUCUCAACCGGCCGUAAGACCUGGCCUUCUAAGGGAAAUAUUUGCAGAUCACCUCAUUUAUUUAACCAAAGCCGUAUAUUUAGGUAGAGCACCUGCAGCAAACCAAAUUACACAAGUAGCGGUAGAUUUGCGAGCUUGGAGUGUAUCUCUGGUGAUGUCAGUGCAUGCUAAGCACUUGCGUUUAAUUUAUGGUGCCGGUGAGCGAAGGUCAUAAAUUUGUAUGGUUGAAGCUGAGGUUAUUUCUCAGGAUGCUGCAUUAGAGCGAUGUUGCACUUCUAGGGCUUUAGGCUUCACAGGAAACUGAACAAACAGCAUGCGUAUUUUUAGAGAUUGCAACACUAUCUUUCGGCUUGAGAGCAACUCUGUAUUGAGG